CACUACUGCUCUACACUCACUCUACACUCUACAGGUACUUACAACCUACCUAUCUACAGUCCUUCUUCUCAACAGCUCCCUGACCUCUUCUUUACUCUCAUCCGCCACAUAAUAACGACACCCCCAAUUCCUGCAGAAAUGUCCGUCGACAUUUCUGCGCUCUCGCAGUUGCUCCAGGCCAGCUUGAACCCGCAACAAAGCAAACAAGCGGAGGCCGCCAUUGUACAAGAGCAGUCGAAACCGAACUUUUCCCUCGCCCUCCUCCAGCUCGUUGCCGAUGGCAACCAGCCCACCACUAUCCGCCUUGCAAGCGCAUUAUACUUCAAGAACUUCAUAAAGCGAUACUGGGUGGACGAAGAUGGCAACUACAAGCUGCCCGCCGAGGAGGUCACGGCCAUCAAGCGCGAGCUCAUCGGACUGAUGGUUUCGGUCCCGCCAAACCUCCAAGCUCAGCUCGGUGAAGCCAUUAGCGCUAUUGCAGACAGUGACUUCUGGGAGCGGUGGGACACUCUUGUCGACGACCUCAUCUCUCGCCUGACACCUGAUAACGCGACCGUCAACAAUGGUGUAUUGCGUGUUGCCCAUUCUAUUUUCAAGCGGUGGCGACCGCUUUUCCGUUCAGAUGACCUCUUCACCGAGAUUAACCACGUUCUCACCAAGUUUGGCGGUCCGUUUUUGACCUUGAUGGAGCACACCGACGCAGCCAUUACCAAUUCACAAAACAAUCCUCAGGCGCUCAAGGAAGCCUUCGGCACUCUAGACCUCAUAGUAAAACUGUUCUAUGACCUUUCUUGCCAAGACUUGCCUCCCGUCUUCGAGGACAACCUUCCGGCCAUCGCUGGUCUCUUACACAAGUAUCUCACAUACGACAGCGCUGCGCUACGUACCGACGAUGACGAGGAGGCCGGCAUACAAGAAUACGUGAAGGCGGGAAUUUUCGAGGCACUCAUGCUUUACGUUCAGAAGUAUGAGGACGUUUUCGGGCCCCACCUUGGCCAGUUCAUCGAGACCACCUGGAAUUUCCUCAUGUCCGUUGGCUUGGAAACCAAGUACGAUAUCCUAGUCAGCAAGGCUCUUCAAUUCUUGACUGCUGUCGCGGGCACCCAACACGCAGAAUCUUUCAAUAACCAGGGUGUGCUGGUUUCGAUCAUUGAGAAGGUCAUCCUGCCAAACCUGACCUUGCGCGAAUCUGAUGUUGAAUUGUACGAGGACGAACCGAUCGAGUUCAUUCGAAGAGAUCUUGAGGGCUCCGACAACGACACUAGAAGGCGGGCAGCGACUGAGUUCCUCCGACAGUUGAUGAGUCGAUUUGAGGAUUUGGUUACGAACACGGCAAAGACUUACAUCGAUGGUUACCUGCAAAACUACGCAAGCAACAAGCAAGACAACUGGAAGUCCAAAGACACUGCAGUCUAUCUCUUCUCUGCUAUUGCUGCCAAGGGCAAGGCCACCGCAGCCCAAGGUGUCAUUAGCACAAAUCCGAAUGUGAACAUCCUAGAAUUCUUCCAGAGCCAUAUUGCAGAGGAUCUACAGGGCGAGCCCGGCCAUUCAAUCCUCAAAGUCGAUUCAAUCAAGUUCGUUUACGUCUUCCGCAGUCAAUUGUCACCGGCAUUGUGGCGGGCCGCAUUCCCUCUUCUUGUCAAUCAGUUAGCAAGCAGUGACUACGUUGUCCAUACGUAUGCAGCAAUUGCUGUUGAGAGGGCUCUCUUCAUGACUGACGAGAACCGACAAUCGAUCAUUCCACAAGGCGACGUGACCGCUUCUGCCAAGGAUCUUCUUUCACAUCUUUUCAAGCUCGUCACCAAGGACUCGAAACCCGAGAAAAUCCAAGAGAAUGAAUUCUUAAUGAAGUGUGUCAUGCGAGUGUUGGUUUUCAUUCGGGACGGAAUUCUACCAAUCACUGAUCUUGUGUUGACCAACUUCAUCAACAUCGUCAAGGUCAUUCGGCACAACCCAAGCAAUCCUCGAUUUCAGUACUACCUGUUCGAGGGUCUUGGCGCAUUAAUCCGUUUUGCAGGCCCAACGCAGAGCGAGAAGUUGGAGACAACACUUUAUUCUCCAUUCGCAGCCAUUCUUCAGGAGGGCGUCGAGGAGUUCGUACCAUAUGUGUUCCAAUUGUUCGCUGCUUUGCUGGAAGCUAACCCUGCCGGUCAUCUCACAAAAUACUACCAAGAACUACUGAACAUCGUCAUCCUGCCUCAGGUUUGGGAAUCACGUGGAAACGUCCCAGCACUUGUCCGCCUUCUCACCUCCAUGAUCCCUCGCGACGUGCAAGGUAUCGUGGAAAGGAAGCAAGUGGAGCCAAUUCUUGGAAUUUUCCAGAAGCUGGUCUCUACCAAAGCUCACGAAGCUCUCUCGUUCGAGCUGAUCGAGACGAUGAUUGCACAUAUCCCGCUCGAGAUCAUGCAGCCAUAUUUCGUCACUAUUGUCCAGCUCAUGCUGACACGUUUGUCGAGCAUGAAAACGGAAAUGUUUCAACAACGAUUCAUUGCGUUCUAUCACUUCAUCUCUGCACGCCAAGACAAAGGGUUGGGAGCUGACUUUUUCAUCACCGUUUCCGAUCAAGUCCAACAAGAUGUGUUCAAGGGUGUCUACCUUACUAUCAUUCUUCCGGACACUCAAAAGCUCCCUCGCCCCGUAGACCGCAAGACUGCUGUAGUUUCCUUCACCAAGACCUUGACCGACUCGGAAGCAUUUGUUUCUCGCUAUCCUAAAGGUUGGGGUCUCACUACUCAACGCUUGAUUGAACUCCUCAUCAAUCCCCCUGUUCCUCAAGCACACGACGACAUCAUUCCAGAUGCUGAUGUCGACGAGGUCGGCUUCGGUGUUGGCUUCACUCAAUUGAACACAUGCAGGAAGCAGCCUAAGGAUCCUUUCCCAGAGAUUACGGACGUCAAAUCCUGGGUCGGACAGUAUCUCAAGGAUGCCAACACACGACACAAUGGGAAAAUCGUGAACCUUGUUCAAGAACGAUUGGGACCAGAUGUCCAGAGCGCUUUGAACGAGUACCUUCGAUAAUUGGUCGAUUCUACGUUGGAGGGAAUGAGUAUAGAUAUUUGCAUGGAAGGAUGUCACAGGAUUUGGUCAUGGAUUUGGGUGUGGAACACUUGAUACCAGCAAAGUCAUGAUUGUGCGGCGGAGUUUAGAGUAGAUUCGAUAUGAUAAGUGUCGUGAUCGCCAGAAAAGAAUGUCCAUAUCCGUCAAAUGUUAUUAAAGCUGCCACACUCAGUCGUUGUAGUGGGCUGUCUCUAUUCCAAGUCGGCAUUACGAGCAAGGGAUAUCCCCACGUUGGUUCAAAGGUCAACUCUCCUCAGCAGAUUGGCUGUCUUCAAUUCUGUGAAUAUUGGCUACUUAUAUACUCCGUACUUAGGUAGCUUUACCACGUUCGAGCAAUACACCCAAG